AUGUCAGGCGAGACGCUCGACGUGGUGCUGUCAAGCGGCUUCCUGGCAUUUGCAAACCACAGCGGCUUUCUGCAGGCAGUCGAAGAGGCGGGCGUCCAUGUUUCGGGCAUCAUGGGGACCAGUGCGGGCGCCCUGGCAGGCUCGCUUUAUGCUGCCGGUUACACCCCUCUUGAGGUCGCGCAGCACCUGCGCGCCUCGCCGCCGUUCCAGCUGCUCAAGCCCAGCCUGCAGCCGUGGCGCGGCGGCCUGCUGUCCCUGGACGCGGUCGUGGAGCGCCUCGCGCAGCUGCUGCCGCCGACCUUUGAGGAGCUGGAUCGGGACUUUGCAGUGGGGGUGGUGACCGCGGAGGGCGAGCACGUGCUGAUCGACUCGGGGCCGCUGCCCGAGGCGGUUGCGGCGUCGGCGGCGAUCCCCUUCGUGUUUUCCUCUGUAGACGUCCCAGGCCGCUACUCUGGGCUCAAGGACGGCGGCGUGGUCGACAGGAUCGGCCUGAAGGCCUGGCGCGACCGCCGCCGCCGCCAGUCCCUCGGCAGCCCCCUCUCCCCCGCCGCCGGCCGCGUCGCCGCCGCGCGCCCGCCGCCGUGCGUUGUGCACGUCAUCCAGCGCAGCUCGCCCUUCAGCGGCGCCGACGACCCCGCGGCGACGGGCGAGUCCGAGGUCCACGUCGUCAGAUCUCCAAAGUCGGGGGUGAACUUCUUCGACCUCGGGAACUUCGACGCGCAGUUCGAGGCCGCGCGGCGGCGCGCGCUGUGGCAGCUGCAGCAGAUGGAUCGUCCAUCGGCAGCGGCGGCGGCGGCGGCAGCGGCUGCAGCGGCGGCAGGCAUGCCGGCCGCGCCGCCGGCAGGCGCAGCAGGGGACUUCCUGGGCGCCCCCGUGCCGUUGGCUGUCGCGAUGCAGAGGGCUGCUGCGCUGCGGGGCGCGGCCGUGGUGUUGGCGCGCCGCUCAGAGACUGGCGCGGGCACAACGCUGCGAGUUGCUCGGCGGCUCUUUCAGGGGGCAGCGCCGCGAGCGCCCUGA